CAGUGAUUGUACUGGAAUCACUCAGUCCAUCGCUGCAGCCAGGAAGGAAUGAAAAAAUGGCAAGUUCUGGUGAAGAAUGGCUGUUUGAGCUCUUGAUCAUGGGCACCUUGGCUUAUUCUGAUUCCAAUUGCUGCUCCACAUAAACAUGGGAAAGAAAACUGCAGGUGUGGGCAAGAGCAGUUUGCUGUUACGUUUUGCAGAUAAUACCUUCUCAGGCAGCUACAUCACCACCAUUGGGGUGGAUUUUAAAAUCCGGACAGUUGAGAUCAAUGGAGAGAAGGUGAAACUCCAGAUCUGGGACACAGCUGGCCAAGAACGCUUCCGGACCAUUACAUCAACGUAUUACAGAGGAACACACGGGGUCAUCGUUGUCUACGACGUAACGAGCGCAGAAUCUUUUGUGAAUGUAAAACGGUGGUUGCAUGAAAUUAAUCAAAACUGUGAUGAUGUCUGCAGGAUACUUGUGGGUAAUAAGAAUGAUGACCCAGACCGAAAAGUGGUAGAAACAGAAGAUGCCUAUAAAUUUGCUGGGCAGAUGGAGAUCCAAUUGUUUGAGACCAGCGCCAAAGAAAAUAUUAAUGUGGAAGAGAUGUUUAAUUGCAUUACAGAGCUUGUCCUGCGAGCAAAGAAAGAGAACUUAGCAAAGCAGCAACAGCAGCAACAGAACGAUGUGGUGAAGCUAACGAAGAACAGUAAAAGGAAGAAGCGGUGCUGCUAAUGCCCCUUCCCUGCUGCAGAGACUCUGCUCUCAGACAGAUCAGCCCCUCCAGCUAGACUCGGGCAAUUCCACUGGGGCAGGCUUUGGGAGGACUUUCUCAGUUUUGUGCCGUUAUUUAAAGAUUAUUUUUUCUCCAUGUUUUCUAUCAAGAGGCGCUGGCACCUUCCCACUGCAGUGCCAAGAAGGUAUCGGAUGGAAUCUUGCCCCCCUCUCCUCCCCUGCUCAUUCCAGUGCGCCUUGUAGACAAGAAGGACGUUGCCUACCAAGUGGACUGAUUAACCCAAGAGUUUGUAUAUAAUGUAUAUUGCUUUAACCAGCCUCGCCUCUCUGUUGUCGCUUUGGCUUCUGCCUUCUUAAUGUCAACCAAUCAUGGACUGCAGAGUUCAUCUUUUUAAAGAAAAAGUUUAAAAGUUCUUAAUUUGAGUUGGCCCCGGGCUGGCACUGCUUCCUGGGGCCUCCAGCUGCAUUUCUGUUGGGCUCCGGGCUGGCAUCUGCUGCCCCUGGGGCCCCUGGCUUCUCCUGGAGUCCCUGGCUGUUCCUGGGGCUCGGGCUGUGUUUUUCUAGGUACCAGGAUUGCAGGUGUUGCUGCUGGAGCCUGGGGUUUCAUUUCACCAGCCCCUGGGCUGGCAGCUGGAGCUGCUGCUGGGGCCUGGAAUUUCAGCUUGCCAUCAUCCAGAUCUGUGGCUGGAUCCUUGGGUUUCACCUCCUUGUGCUGCAGCCCAGCUGUACCUGUGCUCUCCUGUAGUUUGUAUCAAGAUACUGGAAAACAAACUGACCUGCAGAAGUGGGAUUUGUUUGGAUAAAACCUUUUUGUUUUUUUUUUUUUUUUAAAGCAAAGUUUAACAACUUUGACCUCUGCUUCUGGUUCUGCCAGUGUCCUAAGUGAGGGUCCAUUUCUUUUGAGAAGAACAAAAAUCAUGUGAUUCUGCCAAAAACCCCAAACUUCUCCUUGUUGCCCUGUCCACAAAUAGGCAAUCUGAACUUGAAUGUGAAUUUUGGUGGCAAAGCUUUUGUUUUUGAGAGAGAAAAGGCAUGAAAAAAAUCGAGCUCUUCUUAUUGAUGUCUGAAUAUGAAAGCUGCAGGAUCAUUCCCAGGAUUCUUCAGUUAGGAAGGAGGACUGCUGUUUAAUGCAAAGACAUGGAAAGCUUGCUUGCUUGGGUUAUGUGCUGGUGGAGGAUCACACUUGGAAACAAACUGGGCUUGCUGUGCUCAGCAACACUUUCCUGGCCCUGGUCAGCCUUUCUGGGAAAACAAGGGCUCACUUCCUCAGCCUGAAUAGAUGUAGUUAAAGGUGGAGAGUGUAUGUGUGUGUGUAACUAAAAUAUCAAAUGUCUGGGCUGGAAGGACAUGCUCAGCACCUGAAUUAUUGCCUAAAUAAUAUUAAAAAGUAAUUUUACCUUAAAAGGCAUGGAGGGUAUGACUUCCUUUAAGGCCUUGAAGGUUGGACAUACUCCAUGUGCCAGUAAGUGGCCCUGUGGAAUUGCUGGCCUUAGUUUGGUAGGAUGUGAUUCACCCAUGUCCAUGAGCUUGGAGUCAGCCCACUUCUCUCCCUUCCUCACCCUUUCUCCAGCAGAGGCUAAAUUUUAGUCACUUAUUUUGCCUGCAUUUUUUUAGAUUUUUCAGGUUGUGGUGAGAGCCCUGAUCAUACAAUCACAUCACAAUCAAUCACUUUAAAGACUUUUUCCGAAGUGCAAACGAUGAAUGUGCAACACGUGGGGUUUUUAAUGGGUUCAGGUGCUGGGAUGUGGAUCCAGCUGCCUUCACCCACCUCUUCUCUUCACAUAUCCUGCAUUGGUAACCCAGAACGGGAGGGAGCUGGGCUGGUGCUGCUGGGCUGAGCUCUGAUCAGCGCUGAGGGGCUGUGCAAAGGGGUGGCUUUGGUCACACCAGUCCCUCCUGCCUGCUCUCCAGUGUGCAAUGUGCUGUGUGCUGGGGGUUCCCCUGCAGACUGAGGGGCCCAGCUGUGUUACUGUGGGAAUCUUGUUGGUAGCUGUGUGCAGAUCUAGGAGGGAGUAACUUCAUAUAGGCAGAAGUAAAGAACGUGUCUGAAUUUACUGGAAAUGAUGCAAUAAAAUGAGGAAAUGGUGCA